AUUAAAGGAGAUUAGAAGGAGGGUCAGGACUUGGCUACUAGUCUCAUUCUUGUGCUGAUGUGGUUGCACAUAUACUAUCUUUGUCACUACUACUAUUAGCCUUGCUCAAGACUAAAUAUGGGGAUGUAAGAAGUCAACAAAUGCUUAGAAAGAGAGGAGAAUGACCUCACUAUGUCUAUGUGAAUUUUAAGAAAUUGUGCUGCUUCAAGUAAUGGGGGUUUAAUGUCUCACAGAACUGCCAACACCUAUAACCAUAAUGCCGCGUCCUCAAGAUAUUGAUCACGACAGCAAGAGUAAGCUGCUUAUGAGAGGUCCUUCAGUGAACUGCUCAACAUAUCCCCCUCCCCUUAGCCCCCAAUACCCCCCACAGGAUAACCUGUUCCUGUCCCUUGCUUUACCUAUGUCCCACCCUUGAUCCAACAUCCAACCUGGACACCGGACUAAGAGAAGGAUCUAAAAUGGCGGUCUUGAGAGUCAAGUUCACUAAGGACAAGCGGGACAAACUGGCCCAGGUGCUUUGGAUCUUGAACUGGAUCUCAGUGGUGACAGGGGCCAUCCUGUUCAGCCUGGGAAUCUUCCUGAAAGUGGAGAUUAACAAGCGAUGGGAACUGAUGGCCGAGAAGGACAUCCAAUAUGUCCCAAACAUGCUGAUUGCUGUGGGCCUCCUCGCCUGUGGCAUCAACUUCUUGGGGGGGAAGAUCUGCUAUGAUUGUGUGGACACCACCAAGUUCUUGCGAUGGAAGCUCAUCAUGCUGCCCUACAUCAUAUGUACCUUCUUCUUCACCUUCUGUGUGUUGGUGGGGGCACUGAUGUGUUACGGCAUGCAGAGUGAGCUGGAGGACGCUCUGACCAUGGGGCUGUCAGAGGCCAUGAGGUUCUACAAGGACACGGACACGCCGGGACGCUGCUUCCUGAAACGCAGCAUGGACAUGCUCCAGAUUGAGUUCAAGUGCUGUGGGAACACUGGUUUUAGAGACUGGUUUCAGAUACAGUGGAUCAGCAGCCGCUACCUGGACACAUCCCAAAAAGAGGUGGUGGACCGAUUAAGGAGUAAUGUGGAGGGGAAGUACCUGAUGGACGGGGUCCCUUUCAGCUGCUGUAACAGCAACUCGCCCCGGCCCUGCAUUCAGUGGCAGAUCACCAACAGCUCUGCCCAUUUCAACUAUGACUACCAGACAGAGGAGCUAAACCUGUGGAUGAAAGGCUGUCGCCAGGCCUUGCUGGACUACUACAACCACAUCAUGCGGUCCAUUGGCCUCACAGUCCUCAUCACCUGGCUUUUUGAGUUGUCAGUGCUGACAGGUGUACGCUACCUCCAGACCUCUCUGGAAAACGUGCUGAGGCAAGGAGACCCCAACUGUGAGUCAGAUGGCUGGCUCCUGGAGAACAGCUUUGUGGAAACAGCCCGCAGCAACCUGAACAUCAUCAAGAACCUUGGCAAGUGCAACCAGAUAGACACAACCAACAAUGGGGACCCCAACAUUAACAUCCCCUCCACUUCAAAAGCCGAUUAUGGACCAGACAACGUCCCACCAAAGCAAAUACCUGCAGACAGCUGACCACUUUUCAGACAACAAAGGCCCUUGAAGAAGUCACUCUACAGCCAGGCAUUACUGGCCAGUGAGGGUUUACACUGUUUCUCCAAGGUGUUUUAGAAGAGCAGUUUGCUGUAUGUGCAUUCAUGGACUUAUGUCUGCAUACUGUAUGUCUGGUCAACAAUUUAAACUGAACAGUGUCCAUGCAACAGUGUUCAUGUUUGGAGAAACCGAAAUACGAUGUUUGAUAUACAGUGAGUCAUAUUUGUCGAAGAAUUCCACCAGUUUCAGUCAAAGAUAAGAGAUCGAUAAGCAACAGUAUAUAUGACUGUAUCACAGGGUACAUCUCCUCUAAAAUGCAAAUGAUGCCUUGCUGACUUUAAUGAAAGGCUAUUUUUCACACAAAUAGGCUUUCAAAUAUCUCACUCAUCUGAGAUAAUAACAUAAUAGUACUUAUUUGUACGUUUCUGUACAUCUGUACUGUAAUCAUUUGUUUACAAAUGACAUCUUAUUGCCUACAAAAGUGUGUGCAGUUUUGCAACAGGUGUCUUUAAGCAUUAAGGACUUUUAUCAGUUACAAUACUAGAAUUAAAACACACCCGAAAACAGAGCAGAUCUUACCUAUUCAGGGACACCAAGUUAUUUACUUGAUAAAGUGGGUGAUAGGUGGGUCUGAAGUUGGGCACCCACAAUUUCUUGCCUGUCUUCAUGAACGGUAGAGAAUGCAGUGCAAAAAAGGUUUAUGUUAGUCACAGCCACAACAAAUGUCUAGGGCUUGUAGAUUACAUUUCACAUCAGGUAUAGGUUGGUUUGGCCAUGUAAGUCAAGUUCAUCGGCCUUAUGUGUCCUGGAAGAACAUACAGAUAGUUGAAUAUUGCAAGAAUCAAGUUAUUAGCAGCAAGUGAGGUGACUCCUUUAAUCAAACUAGAGCUUAGCAAGAAAAACAUCUUCAAAUGAAUGAGUGCGCCCAGAGCUGGAGUACAAUGUAAUGAAUGUUUUCAUGCAUUACAAUCAAUACUUGAAUUGGUAAAGGUAUUAGGUCCUUAAAUGCUUGAAUCUAUAAUAGUAGCAAUGCUGAUCAUUGGAAGCUGACAGUAGUUUUUUUCCAUGUGGCUGUUGUGGUUUGAUAUUGUGUGAGCACUUAAGAAAAGCCAUGAGUUGUUAUAACACAAAUACAUGUUCUACAGUUUCCCAUAUUACAUACCAAGCUAUCACCUGCACAAUUCAUCUCAUGUGCCUCUGCAAUGUUACCAUGGUCUGAGAAUUGAAUAAACAUACCUUAGUCAUUUUUGCCGGGAUGAAUUACCAGUAGUUUUGACAAUAAACUUUGUGAGCUGGCUCUUUCUGUCA